AUGUGCCGAAAACUUGAAUUUGAGCAACAUUCACGUGGUCAAGCUCUUAAAGACCACGUUUUCAAGACAAUUUUUGUACUGGACGAAGAAAUCUGCAGAAUAAACUGCUACUUGGAGAGCAAGUGCAUCUCUUAUAAUUUUGAUCUCCGUUUGGUGGACAACAAACACCGCUGUGAACUAAGUGAUUCAGAUCACAGGCUUCAUCCUGACGAUCUUCAGCCAGAGAAUAACUUCAUAUACUGUACAAGCAAAGUAAGCGGUAUCUGCACGUUGACUUAAAACACUCCCUUUUAAAAAUUGCCCAUUAGCUCUCCAUAAAUUUAUUUACUUAAGAAUGGUCUAAGCCACGUAUGUGAGGAUGAAUCGAUGGCCCUAGAACAAACGUCUCUACGACAUCAAAAAACAGUGAGAAUUAAUAAUGUUUUGCCCCUAACAUGUAAAAUAACACAUAAAUAAUUACUUUGCAUAGUUUCAUCCAAAAGUUUUACUUUUAUUGUUGAAAAACAUCCAUUUUCACUCAGAAAUGGCUUGUCCACCUGCUACUUUCGACGUCAUACCUCAUAACGAUUGUAACUGACCAUUACUAAGCUUGUCUAAAAAUGGGUGCGAAGGAUAAACGAACAGCUACGGAAAACUUUAGGUGCCGAUGAUUUAUCAAUUAGGAAAAAUAUGAGAAAAACCUUAUGGGGGGUGCCUCCCCUGUACGUCCGAGGGUUAAAAGAUGAACUAGUCUUUAUCUUUCCGUAUUCAGGAGAAUCACUGUUCCAAGAAUCCAUGCCCGCUUAACAAAAACUGUCAGAAUGGAUUCGGCGAUAAAGGCUAUCGUUGUCAGUGCCACACGGGAUAUACUGGAGAGGCAUGUGACCAAUGUAAGAAAAGAAUUUUUACGUUUGUUAUGUUCCAGAGGGGCCCAUGAGUGAAUUAUAACUUAAUUUGCCCUCACUUCUAAAAAUAUGACAGAAAAAAAAGGAAAGGACUUUGAGUUAUAUCGUUUUUUAGAAUUCAACUUCGGAUCUCCUCUUGAUUGCAUGUAUUGCCCCAUAUAUGGUAAUCUGGAUUCCAGAAUCCGGGUAAAGUAAGUUAGUGGAAUUCAGAAUCCGGGAUUUUUAUUUCAACGCUGAAUACCCCCGGAAUCGCGCUUACCACGAUUGGAAUCCGGAAUUGAAAAUCCCCUUUGAAGGAAUAUGGAAUCCAGGACAAUGAAUCCGGAAACCACGGCGUGGAAUCAGGAAUCCAAGUCUGUCAUGAGCCCCAUUCACACUAGAUCUUGAAUAUGCCUUAAAAGCUGUUAAGUCAAAAUCGCUUUCAACUUGUUUUCUUUAAAAAAAAAGCCGUUUACUGCAUUUUUAUUGAUAGGUAAGUUAGAGUAAUAAUAAUUGCCAUGUUUAAGUAUAUUUGACUUCUGUCAAAAAGCCUGUGUUUUAGGUCUUAAAGUUACAGGCUUUAUUUGGUGUGAAUUGGACAUCAGUUUAUCUUCCAUGCUCGGAGCGAAUUGUCGACUACACAUGUUACUAGGGAAAAAGACAAAAAGACUCUUACAUCGACAAACGUAGAAUAAAAUAAUGCCAAUUAUCUUUCAUUUAGUUGUGUGGGUAAAGUUGAACACCAUCGAUGCGUGUUUCCGAACAAGAGAUGAAAACUAUGGCGUUUUCAGUAUUCCCCAAGCAGGAGUCAUUGGAGCUUUUAAGCUUGUUCACUUAUCUGGUACUCUGGUCUGUUUUAACGGAAACCCUACCUCUUAUUGGGGAUGUCAGAGUUCCGACUAUGGCAGCAAGACACUGAUGACAUUCAUUUCGCACUCAGACCAAAAAAGCAUACUUCUGCCUCGACCGAAUUUAACUCAAAUUGGCGGCCCAUACUGCGACAACCAGAGGCUUUACACCUACAAGCUCAACGGAUUUAAUGACGUCUCUCCUGAAAUCAUCUUCAACACAUCAUCAGAUCCGUUGCAGGUGACUCUGGAUCAGCAGUUUUGGAUCUGGUAUGGCCAGGACAUGGCGGAUUGCAGUGAAUCUAACAAUGGUGGCGAGAGUUGCGUUGAUGUGUUUGGGUGGUAUAUAUAG